AUGACCUCACCACGCCCAGUCUUGACUGAAGCCGAAAGGGAACACUUUCUCCAGUACGGCUAUCUCCACCUCAGGCAAUGCUUCACGCGGGACCAGGCCUCCGAGGUGACAAAAGACGUCUGGACACGCCUGGGCAUGUCGGCCGACGACCGGAGCACCUGGACCACGGCGCGCACCCACAUGCCAUGGCACAAGACGUUUGACGCCUCCGUGUUUGCGCCCCGGGCAUGGUCCGCUAUAUGCGAGCUCUGCGGCGGCGAGGACCGGAUCUCGCCCUCGUCGAGGGACUGGCACGACUCCUUCAUUGUCAACCUUGGGUCGCCUGAGGGAGAGGGGCAUCCCGUACCCCCGAAGCAGUUGGAUAAUUGGCAUGUGGAUGGUGACUUUUUCGUUCACUAUCUGGACAGCCCAGAGCAGGGCCUCCUAGUGAUUCCACUAUUCACGGACAUACAACCCAACGGCGGCGGCACCAUGAUCUGCCCAGACGCAAUCCCCAAGGUGGCGCAAUGGCUAUACCAGCACCCAGACGGCGUAUCGCCGCGCAUGGUGCCCCGCGACCACGCCGAUUUUGCCCGGGAGCGCAACCUGCAGUGGUACGGCGACGUGAUACAGAGCUGCGGGCAGUUUGUCGAGGCCGCGGGUCAGGUGGGCGACGUGUACCUGCUGCACCCGCUCAUGAUGCACUCGGCCACCAACAAUGCUCUACGGCGGCCGAGGAUCAUUACCAACCCGCCCGUCAGUCUCGAGGAGCCGUUUUGCUUUUCAAGGGAGCGGGGUGAUUAUAGUCUCGUGGAGCAGAAAACCAUUCAAAGUCUCGGGGGUGAGGAGAAGCUCAAAUCGUGGCAGAUCACCAAGCCCAGAGAGGCCAUCGUGCCGGAGAGGGUUCGAAACCAGGAGGCCAUGAAGAGAGAUGAGGCGAGGAGGUUGCAAACGGCCAGAGAGAUUGCUGUGGAAGUCUAA